UAUUAAAACUUAUUGAAGUUCUUGACCACUGAUAUAAACGGUUUCUGCACUCAAACAUGACUCUUUCACCUUUUUAGACAGUAUCAUAGUUAUUUUCAGCAGGUCAUUGGACAACACAUGUAUAAAUAUGUAUUUCACCACGAAUAAAACCCUGAGUGUCUCUGUUUGUCUGCGCUCUCUGCACUAACAGGACUUUUAUUUUGGUGUGGCGCUGUGACGUCACAAGGCUGCGCGCGCUGCAUCUGAUGUGAUUCGGCUGAAGGAAGACUGUCCAAACAAAACCUGCUGAGAUCCACACUGUUAUAAAGAUGGCGUUUAUUAAAGAGGAGAGUGAAGAUGUGAAGAUUGAAGACGCAUUCAGAGUCAAACAUGAAGAGACUGAGGAACAAACAGAGCUGAUGGCACUGAAAGAGGAGAAUCAAGAACUGAAUGAAAUGGAAGAGAAACAUCAUGAUUUUGUAACUGGAGAACAGACAUCUUCAAGAGUUCAAAACACUGAAACCUUUAAUCACCACACAAUGGUUCACUCAACAGAGAAAUGGUUUAAAUGUGAUCAGUGUGCAAGGCAGUUCUGGAACAUUAAACACCUUAACAGGCACGUAAUACUUCAUUCCAAAGAAAAGCCUUUUAAAUGCCAGAAGUGUGAAAAGUGUUUUAAAAUAGAGAAAUACCUGAAGAAUCACAUGAAAAUUCACAGCGGACAGAAGCCGUUCACAUGCACUCAGUGUGGGAAGUGUUUCGGUCAUAAAGUCAGCCUCAAGACUCACAUGACUCUUCACACCGGAGAGAAGCCUUACACCUGCAGACUGUGUGGAAGGAGCUUCUCACAAAACGGAAAUCUUAAAUAUCACAUGAGAGUUCACACUGGAGAGAAACGGUACACCUGCCCUCACUGCAAAAAAAAAUUUGGUCACAAAGUCAGCCUCAAGACUCACAUGAGGAUUCACACCGGAGAGAAGCCUUACACAUGCCGACACUGUGAAGAGAGAUUCACACACAAAGAGUCCUUUGAAAUACACGUGAUACGUCACACUGGAGAGAUGCCUUUCACCUGCCAACUGUGCGGGAAGGGCUUCCCACAGAAAGGAAAUCUGAAGUCUCACAUAAAAGUUCACACUGGAGAGAAGCCUUUCAUCUGUCCUCACUGUGGAAAGGGUUUCACUUCUAAAGGCAACCUUAAGAUUCACAUGAGGAUUCACACUGGAGAGAAGCCGUACCCAUGCUCUCGGUGUGAGAUGAGGUUCCUGUAUAAAAGAGACCUGAAACAGCAUUUACAAACCCAGUGUUCCUCAGAGUGACGAGAUUUGAAAAAAGAUGCUAUUUCUGUGUGUGUGAGUGAGACUGUUCACAUGACCUUUUAAAUGCGGCCCGUAAACAGAGCACUGCACGAUGUGGUUUAUUUGCUGCAUCCUUUAUAUUUUGCCUUUGCCUUUAAUAUUUAGCAAAUUUGUUUUCGGCAAAAUUAGCCGUCUUGAAUUGAAAAUGGGUAAUUUGUGUGAUUCGUGCAGAUUCGAUUGUGAUUAUUUUGUGUGCGCUCUGGUUUGGAAUUACAAAACCAAAAUAUCUGCUUACAACAUGUUUUUGCAGUGUUGAGUGUUGUAGCCAAUCACAGGCAUCUGUGUUGAAAGCAAUGGCAAAUCAGAGGUGUUUACCAUAGGCAGAGCUAGGUAGUGUAGCUCUGUAACUAAUGUAAUCUGGAUUACGUAAUCAGAUUCCAAAAGUUUAGUACUUGUAAUUAGAUUACGUUUUUAAAUACUUGUAAUCAGACUACAAUUACUUUUUUAUGGAUUACGUACUUGUUAUUCACAUAAUGGCAAUAAAUUAUUCAUCAUUUAUUGAUUCUACCUAAUUGCUCUUUUAAAUGUUCAUUUCUAAAAUGGCGUACUGCUUAUAUACGCUCAAAGUCUUCCAGUUUUGUGGACAUUCCCACAAACAAUGCACAAUUUUAAAAUGCACAUUCACAUCAUUUCUUAUUUACAUGUAAUGCAUGCCUGCAUUCCUUUGUCAUCUGAAAAUUUUUCAUCUAAUAUAUUUUCUUGAAGUACCCUGACAUUUUAAGAUAAAUACUUUAAUGAUUGUCACAUGUUGGUUAAUGGUCACCUGACAUGUAGGUAAACAAAUUAAAUAUUUAAAUUGUUUUAGUAAGUGUUUUAUUUUGAAUGAUGUUAUUCUGAAAUGAUUAUUUUAAUUUUUAUGAUUUAAUUCAUUAUUAGCUUUUCAUCAAACUCGUGAAGCCCCUGCAGUUCAUUUACAAAAAAAAUGAAACCUUGAUAAUGUAAUGUAACGUUUAAUGCACUUCGUUUUAUUAAUUACAACGAAUGGAAUAUAGUUUUUUACUAGGGAUGCACCGAAAUGAAAAUUAUUGGCCGAAGCCAAACAAAAUGAAACACUGGGCCAAAGGCCGAAUACCGAAAACGGUUUUUCGCAUUUUUUUCCCCAUGUAGGCCUAUUUUGACCUAUUGUUUUUUUCUUUUUCACCAUUGCAUAAAUUAAAUAGCCAAAAUGCGCUUUAUACUGUUUUGUCCUGCUUAAAAAUAAAAAUAAAAAAUCAAUUACAAAACAACAAUUUAAAAAUAUUUACUUAACACUGAACAGUUUUUUAACGUAUUUUUUGGCUAUUUUUGAAUCAGGCAUGUAUUUUUUUUACUGUACAAAUAAAUGCAGCCUUGCUGAGCAGAAGAUACUUUUUAAAACAUUAGAAUAUAUUACAGAUACCAAUUUGAACGCUAUGUGUGAAUGUUAUAAUAAAUGUAUAGAGCUGUUGUAGGGUAUUUAUUAUCUUUUUUUUUUUUUUUUUUUUAAGAAAAACAGUAAAAUUACAAUACUAACAUUUAUAAAUGUUGAUGGAGGAGUUGCUUUUUCUUAGAUUUUAUAUUGGCAGAAACCUGCAGGAAGAUCUUGGUGGUGCUUUUUGUUGACAACAGUAUGCAGAUAUUUAAGUGAUUCUCAUUACGAAUUUGGGAAGAUGUUUGUUGCGCUUAUCACAUGUCUUUUAAAAGAAUUAUAAAAAUGUGACUGAGCAAAUGACGAGUAGCAGUGUUUUAGCUCAGAUUUUCCUCGCGCUUUGGACUUUGAACCCUGGCUCCGCGAGCUCAUGCAGCGCUGUUUGAAUACAUGUAAACAUUACAUUUGAAAACAACAUUCUGCGGUUUAAUUACAAAUCGUUUGAGGCCAUUUCGCAAUUUCAGUCAUCACAGUAACCAGAAACAAUCACCUCUUCCUCUUCUUAUCGCAGACAUGCAGUGGCGGCUGCUGGUCUUUCAAAGAGGGGAAGCUCAUUUUCGGCCUACAUCAUAAAAAUUGUCCAUUUAUUUAUACAUAAAUUCUGCCCUACGUUCCUUUUCAAGAAAAUGCUCUGUGACCCUGUCGUACCAACUAGGCGUCUUUUCCAGUGACGCUAGCCUACUGUAUGAAUGAAUGAAUGAAUGAAUGAAUGAAUGAAUGAACAAACAAUCUAAAAAAAAAAGAUAUUAAACUCGACGGAGGAAAUGUGGGAAUUAGGUUAAACUGAAACAAGGAAUGUGGUGUAUAAUAGGGUUGUCACGAUACCAUAAAAAUGUCUUACGAUACUAGACCAGCUUAAUUUAUAAUUCAAUUCUACAAAAUGAAUCAAAAUGUAAUAAAUAGAUGUAAGUGAAUAACAGACAAUAUUAUUCUCUGAAUACUUAAUGUGAAUGAAUGACUGGCUAUUGUUAUCCAUGAAAUGAUCUAAACAAAACUCAAGCUGCAUGAAGUGACAUUUAGAUGUGGCAUUUAUUCAUUUAGACUGUAUUUAUAAUUGUAUAAAUAAUGUUAUGAGAUUAAUGUUUUAAAUACUAAAUUCUGAAUAUAGAAAUAUGUUGCAAAAUAAUGUAAUAUGCCUACUUUUAGACGGGAAACUUAAAAAAUGGCCAGCAGGUGGCAGAAGUUCGUGAUUGAAUCACUGAGUCAUUCAAAUGAUUCUUUCAAAACGGCUGAAUCCUUCAGGAGCGAAUCAAAUGAUUGUUUUUAUGAAUGGCUUAAGCUUGGUUUAGUGAAUCAGUGAUUCGCCCAAAUCAACGCGGAUUUGGAUUCGAACACAAACGAAACACUAACAGCACUCUUGCUCGUGUCGUAUUGCCUAAGUGUCAGGAGCAUUUUUUGCUUGCAUAUCUUGAAAUUUCCGAGUUAGCAGCAUGUAUAUUAAAACAUAACAUUAUAAAUGAAUAAAAAAAUAUAUAAUGAUUGAUAAGAACCAAGUGCAAAGCCGCUAUGAGACUGAGCUCGAAUAGCUUCAGUGUCAGUGACUUUUCAUAGUACAAAAUCGCUGUCAAUCAAACGGAGAUGCAGUCUUUCGACAGACCCUCCAAUCAUCACGCAGAAGCCCGGCAUCCAGGCCAGCCCACUCCUCCAUUCACCCCCAGAGACGCUGAGCGUCCGUGGGCGGGACAUAAUCGCAGCAUUUAUCCAAUGACCGUAUAGUUUCGAGGCACUGAAAAAAACAGUUUGAAGCAGCCCCAUUGAAGUCAAUGGACGCUAGGCUUCAACAGAGUAAUGCACUGACGCUACGGGAAUGUAUGAGAAGGAAAUAGAGUCCGACCUGCUAUAUGUAGCUGAUUCUGAACGAACUCGUCUUGGAGAUGAACGUGUUCUAACGCAUUUUUAGUCAAUAAAAUGUUAACACAAUAGUACAUAUUUGACCAUUAAUUUUUUGACAAUAUAGGGGAAGCCGAGCUUCCCUUGCAGCCUUAAAGAAAUCCACACUGCAGACAUGAGAUGCAGCACUAAGCAGUCUCUCGCUGUCGGUGUUUCUUGCUUGUAAUGAUUUGAAAUGAUGAUAAUGAAAUUGUCUUUCUCUGACAGUUUUAAAUACUUCACUGCAGACACGUUUGUUGCAUUAGUGCGCGCCACUAUUUGAUCGCGUGACGUCAUUGUUCGGUAAAUAUUAUUCGGUCUUUUCGCUUUUUUCGGCCGAACAAUUUUGGUUGCCGAACAUUCGGUGCAUCCCCAUUUCUUACUCUUUUGUGUUUUUAUAUCAAUAUGGUACGAUAUCAUCGUAAAUAUAUCAAUGUGAUAAACGAUUUAGGUAAAAAGUAAUCUAAACGUAAUCAAAAAAGUAGUCUGACUACAAACUACAAUUUUAUCAUGUAAUUUGGAGUCAGUAACUGAUUACAAUUUCUAAGUAAUCUACUCAGCUCUGACUGUAGGUUAGACAGAAUCCGAUCUGAACAAAUUUUUGUUGCCGCGAGUGUUGCAGAGUUUUACGCGCUUGCAGAUCUUCCUAUUAAUGAUGAAAAAAGCAUACACACAGUGUAAACAGGAGCUUGAUUGUGUAGUUAGUCAUCGCGUGAGUAAGUUUGGUCAAUUGCACUAUAAGGAGAGCACCCUUUGCUUGGUUUCUCUACAUAAUUCGUUCACAAUUUGAAGAAAAGCAUUGUUUGCCUAAGAGGAUCAAACAUCCACUUAUACUCUUUCAGGAGUGACAAACGCAAGUGUAAAAAAUUAUGCGAGUGAAUCUGUUAAAUAGUUACGUAAGUCAUUGCUAUGAUUGACAGCACUAUAGCAAUAGACGGAAUAAAACAUCUGACAAGCCGAUGUCAAAACAGAGCUGUGCAUUAAGUGAUGCAGAGUAAAUUCAGAGUAACAAAACUACAAGAUCAAAAAGUCAGUUUGAUUACUAUAUUCGGCAGCUUCUACAGUUAAAGAUAAAACAAAGCACUCUUUUUGAUGUUUUUUUAAUGCAAUGUUUAAAAAAAUUAAAUUUUUAAAUCUAAAAAUAUUUAAUGCAUUAUUAUUUAGUUGUACUUGCUAUACGGCAUACUUUAGCAUAGUAAAAUAGUACUGUAACACAAAUGUGUUACAGUAAUCAUUUUAUAAUAAAUCCAAAAGCACCACUUGGAAAAAAAAAAUAGGGAGUGGAAAUGGCAACUGAUUUGAUGAGUGAUCCUUUGCUCCCAUCUAUUGGUAAUAAUGGAAAUAUGUCAUUUUUAUCUUAAAAGUAUUUGUUUUGCACCGGGGUUUUUGGCACAUAUUUUUCAUGAAUGAAGAUAAGGUUCAUGAAUGCUAUCUUCAAAGGGAUGCAUCUUUAGCCCGAUUCGGACAGUAAUUGUUUCUCAAAUGGACGUCUGUAAAAAAAAAAAAAAAAUAUAUAAAUAUAUAUAUAUAUAUAUAUAUAUAUAUAUAUAUACAUAUCACCUCAGUGAUCUAACUCAUGGAUUCGGAUGGCGAUUUAUUCACAGUGGAGGAGUGAGUUCUGUGAUCCUACAAACCCGGUAACGCGUUGCUCACGUGACCAGUCACAUGAUUGUCUGCUAAAACUUUAUUUUUAUUAUUGUGUAAAAUGUAUUUAAAAAUACUUAUGUAAAAUGUAUUCUUAUUAUUCCAAGCAUAUUUUAUAAUAUAUAAUCCUAUUUAUUAUUUUAUUAUUUAAAUCUUCUGUAAAAAUAGGAAAAUAGACGUGCUAUAGUUGUAUAUAAUUAUACGCGUUAUAUAUCUGUUUAUAAUACACAUUUUAAAAUUGUAUUGCAUAUCUGCUGCUGCCAUAAUAAAGACCCAUUUCGAUUGUUUACGUGCUUUUCUUCUCUUUCUGCUCCCAGUCGCUGUGGUGGAGCAGUUAUGAAGUAUAUGUUCUUUUAAAUACUUUCCAGCAUUUCAUAAAUAUGUAUGCAAAUUACACCAAAGUUUGGGAGUGCUCAAAAAGGGUUUAAACACUGAAUUUUGAAUCGAUUUCUUCUCGUAAACUCAGAGAUCUGGAUUCGGACGGCAAUUAAAUUACCACACGACCUUGGUGGUUGUCAAAAAACUGUAGGUAAUUCGGCUGGGGAUUUUUACGGGGGUGGUGAGAGAAAAACACCGACAUCCUGGAUUCGGAUGGCAUUAAAAUCACCAAUUUUAAAUGGUGAAUGGUGAAAAUCACUUAUGUUCCCCUGAAAAACAAUUACCAUCCGAAUAGGGCUUUUGUCUCCUUUUUCACCCAUGAUGAGUUUGCAUCCCUGCUAUUUUCUCAUUUGGAUUAAAAAACACCUAGCGCACAUGCACAGUAUCAUUUUGUAUGUUUACAUACUGUUACGUUAUAAAUAUGCGAAUGCUUAUUUACAUCUUACAAACUGAUUGAUGGAAGAGACUAAAUAUUUAAUAAGUAUUUGCUAAAAAAAACCUCAACUUUUUAAAUAUAUCUUCAGGGCAGCUAUGCUUAUGGCAGCUUUCUGUUCUUACUACAGCGAAGAAUAUAAACAAAUUAAGCUGCAAAGUUUAGGUUACAUUUAAACAGAAAUAUCAAUACAUAAAAAAUUGGACUGGACUCAUUUGGAUUUACAAAAUUUUGUGCAUGUAAAUAUUAGGGGUGGGACAAUAAAUCGAUAUGGUGAUAUAUAGUGAUCCUUCUCCAUACGAUAUGAGAAUCGAUAUCUGGCGCCAAAUAUCGAUAUUUUAAUUAAUACAAUAAGGUGCUCUAAAUAGUUUUCCCUGCUCACAGCAACGAAAAACGCUUGGAAAUCGCGGCCGCGCCAUUUCCAGCUUCUUUCCAAAAGCACUCUGACUCUGAGCAACCAUGAACCGCGUUCUCUAUGAAGAUGGGGAAGCAUGAGGAACCGAAGGAUAAACAGAUUUCCAGCCACUGUAUUAGCUUUACUGCUAUAUAUAUAUGUUUAUGGAGAUGAAGAAUAAAAAACUGCCCCGCAACAGCUACCAGCGUGGACCAUAGGCACAAUCACGUUAUUACUGCAGAGCGCAUAUUCAGUUCAUGAGUAUCCUAACCUCUAUGCUCGGUUCGCAGGUGGAUUUCCCUCACUAUAUGAGUGAGAGAGAGUGCCGCCGGUGCGUCCAAUUUUAUGUGAACAAAACUGGAUGCUCUCCCUCUCUCUCAGAUAUUACAAGUGCGUGUUAUGCAGUGUGAACAGUGGGCACCGACCGGCAGAAACAUAAAUCUGCACCUAUGGCAUGGAGGACAAAACAAAACCUUGUCAAAGCCACAAUGCGGCGCAGAAGUGUGCAGUGUGUGUGCUUGAUCAUCAUCCAGUCUGUCUGGAAUGACAUGAAGAAACGGAACAAACUGAGACAGACUAAAUCCAGAAGAACUGUGUCUCCAAGGCGCUUCAAGAAACCUACUUGCAAAGCUACAGUACCGUUAAAAGUUUUAGGCACUUGUGUAAAAAUGCUGUAAAAUGAGGAUGCUGUCAAAAAUAUAUUUUCUUUAUCAAUUAACUUCUAUUAGCUAAAUUAAAUCAACAUUUGGUGUGAGCAUCCUUUGUGUUUAAAGCAGCUUUUGCCCUCGGUGCUCUUGAGCAGAGUUUCUCAGGAGCUUUGCAGGUAGGUUUCUUGAAGCAUCUUGGAGACGUUGCCACAGUUCUUCUGGAUUUAGUUUGUGUAAUAAAUGGAGGCCAGACAAUGCUUAACUGAGCUGAAGAACUUUUACUAACACCUUGUUCCUUGAUCACAACCCAGAAUGGGGAUGCGUCAUUGUCAAUGCACAUACACCCCUUAAAGUAGAAAUUAUUUCUCUUUGAUCCUGGAUUAAACUUUGUCGAAAGUUAUCAACCAUUCAGAAUAGAUCCACGCCCGACCGAUGAAAAUCCUACUGGAAAUUGUAUUGGCUGUAAGUGAAAUGCACCAGAAAGUUUUUCAACAAUCAAAGAUGGAACUUUAUUUUCUUUACAAUGUAACUUUAUGCUAGAAAUGUUUUCGAAUGGGAUAUUUGUCUGCCUAACUGCAUCACUACAUUGUACAGACAUUACAGGUCAAAACCAUCCGAUUUUCCAUUUCUCUAAAUAAAUAGGCCUAAAAUAUAUGGCUCUUAAAUCACUGCUUAUAAAAAUUAUAAGUGUACAGUGUUGUCAUGUUUCGAAUACCUCAACUGAAUUGAGGUAAUUUGUUUUAUGUCUUUUUUUUUUUUUUUUUUUGGCAAAUUCAAUUCAGUUAGAAAUCAAAUUUGAAAUCAAGCUUCCUUGUGUUGUAAGCUUUUGUAACAAAGUUACCCUAUUUUAAAGACACAAAUUCACAGAAUGAGCAAAUGUUUAAGAUUGAGAUUUUUGUAAUGGUAAUUGAUCAAUAUUUAUAUGUAUGUAAACUGGCAUAAAGGCCUAUAUUAAAAUCUGUUCAUCAUAUAAAGCGAAUGUGUCUUUUUAGAAGACUUGGAUUAAACCAGUUUCGAAGCUUGAAAUAAUGAUUGCCUUGAAAAAAAUGGAUGGACAAAAAAAAUGUAAAAUAUCUAUAUGGCAGUAUACAGUAUGUGGUGGUUUUGCCAAUGGUAUUGAAAAUGAUUAGUCGUCAUGAAAUCAAAAUGACCCUACUUACUUUUUAGUGCACACUACUAGUCUUGUGGUGAACAAUUAAACCGUGCAAGUCAAUACACUGCAAAAAACAUUGUCUGCCAUCAUAAUCUUUAAUCAAAAACUGAAAAUUUUGCUUACGCUCUGAUGACGUCAGUAUGAAGGCUUGGGGAGAAUCCUCUUGUUAACUAUGACGCAAGGAUUGCUGUUUCCGGGUCCAAGCCUCUGCUCCUUUCACUUGAGAAUACAGGUGCUGGUCAUAUAAUUAGAAUAUCAUCAAAAAGUUGAUUUAUUUCACUAAUUCCAUUCAAAACGUGAAACUUGUAUAUUAUAUUCAUUCAUUACACACAGACUGAUAUAUUUCAAAUGUUUAUUUCUUUUAAUUUUGAUGAUUAAAGCUUACAGCUCAUGAAAGUCAAAAAUCAGUAUCUCAAAAUAUUAGAAUAUUUACAUUUGAGUUUGAAGCAUAUUGAAAAUGCAAAGUCGGCAACACCUAAGCUCCAAAAAUAUCAAAGAAAAAUUUAUUAAUUAAAAAAAUUCACAUAAGGUGUAACGUUUCGAGCACACAGGCUCUUCAUCAGACAAAUGAACAACACUGAUAUGCGUCUAUUUAUACAUGUGAGCAAAAGGUCACAUGACCUAACACAAUAUACCCAAAAUAAUAAUAAUAAUAAUAACAACAACAACAAUAAAUGAACCAAAGUAACCGCAGUCAAAAAAGAAAAAACAACAACAACAAAGAAAUGACAAAAUACAAUUCUCAAUACACAAUACAACAAGAUUAAUUAAUACCUGCCUACAUACAUAAAUUCAACCAAUACCAUCAAAACCUUUAUUGGAGCUAUAUAAAAAAAAAAACACACAUAAUUGGAUAAGCAUUCCAUAUUUAAAGAAAUGGACGAAUAUCAAAAUCCUCAUUAAGACCUCUCGGGGACAAAGUAUCUAAUGUAAAAAUCCAAAAGGC